AUGACCGAAAGAAACGGGCACCGUGCCCCAUCUAUCCCCAUCGUGGACCCAUACUCUAACGCAGAUGUCUACUAUGGCGACGGAGAUUCUCUCGCUCGACUUCGCGAUCGACGACGUGCAUUUUCGGCGACUCUCCAGGACUUUUCACGCGAAGAUAUUCAAGGUUAUCUAGGAUCCACGCCGUCACGGCGAGGGAGUCACGAUGAACCAAGUGGCCAGCCCCGAAAGUUCCGCAUCGAGGUCGAUCCGACCCUGGACGCUCUGCUGAAGCAAGAAGAUACCGACAGCAAUAUGCAGAUCACCAUUGAAGACAUUGGUCCUAAGACAAUCUCCGUCGGCACUGCGGGAUCAUCUGGAAUCAACCGCGUAGAUGUCCGCGGCACAUACAUGCUUUCGAAUCUACUACAAGAGCUGACUAUUGCGAAAGAUUAUGGUCGAAAGACUAUCAUUCUUGACGAGGCUCGUCUCAACGAGAACCCUGUCUCCCGCUUAUCCAGGCUGAUUAAGCAUUCGUUCUGGAAGGCGCUGACCAGGCGUAUCGAUGGCUCGAACAUCGAGGUUGCUGGUAAAGAUCCAAAGGACUGGACUGCGGAUCCUCGACCCAGAAUUUAUGUCCCCCCGGGUGCUCCGCAGCAAUUCGAAUACUACAGCAAUAUUGCGAAGAACAACCCAGAGCUACGAUUGGACGUGAUAAUGCUGGACGCUAAUAUCACACCAGACUAUGUCAUGAGCCUUGUCGAUAAGCCUGGCUUGCUAGCGUUGGCCAUGCAGACCAAGUUGAACGAUAAGACUCAAGAGGAAGAGCUAGAGGGUGUUCCAUUUGUCGUCCCGGGAGGCCGUUUCAACGAACUCUAUGGGUGGGACAGUUACAUGGAGUCACUGGGCCUCAUUGUCAGCGACCGGGUGGACUUGGCCAAGGGCAUGGUGAUCAACUUCUGCUUCGAAAUCAAGCACUACGGCAAGAUCCUUAAUGCCAACCGAAGUUACUACCUCACCCGCUCUCAGCCUCCGUUCCUCACAGACAUGGCACUGCGUGUAUAUGAGCGUAUCAAGACAGAGCCAGACGCAUUGGAGUUCUUGAGGAAUGCCGUUCUUGCCGCUAUCAAGGAGUAUUAUAGCGUCUGGGCCUGUGAGCCGCGACUGGACCCUGUCACUGGGCUCUCUAGGUACCGCCCUGAGGGUUGGGGUGUUCCACCUGAGACUGAACCGAGCCACUUCCUGCACAUCCUCCAGCCCUACGCGGACAAGCAUGGCAUGACCUUCAAAGAGUUUGUCGAGGCAUACAACACUCGUAAGGUGGCGGAGCCAGAAUUGGACGAGUACUUCAUGCAUGACCGUGCCGUGCGCGAAUCCGGCCACGACACUAGCUACCGACUGGAGCGCGUGUGUGGCAACCUCGCAACGGUCGACCUGAACUCUCUCCUGUACAAAUACGAAGUGGACAUCGCGCGCAUCAUCCGCAUCCACUUCAAAGACAAGCUGAACAUCCCCGUCGAGUUCCGCACCCCGCUGACCAAGGACAUCGAGUUCGAAUCCUCUGCAGCCUGGGAUCGCCGUGCCCGCAAGCGAAAGCAUCGUAUGGACCAGUGCUGCUGGGAUGCUGAGCGAGGCAUGUUCUUCGACUACGACACCGCCAAGAAGGAGCGCACUUCCUACGAGACCGCAACCACCUUCUGGGCUAUGUGGGCGGGCCUUGCGUCCCCCCAGCAAGCAGCCAUGAUGACAGAGAAAGCACUGCCUCGCUUUGAGGCAUUCGGCGGUCUUGUCUCCGGAACAGAGGAGUCUCGUGGACCGGUAGGCUUGGAGCGUCCCAACCGACAAUGGGAUUACCCAUACGGAUGGGCGCCACAGCAAAUGCUUGCCUGGACGGCCUUCCUGCGGUACGGAUACCAGGAAGAGGCCGAGCGGCUGGCGUACAAGUGGCUGUACAUGAUUACGAAGGCGUUUGUCGAUUUCAACGGCAUUGUUGUUGAGAAGUACGAUGUGACACGGCCGAUUGACCCGCACCGCGUUGAUGCGGAGUACGGUAAUCAGGGCACUAAUUUCAAGGGCGCGCCACGUGAAGGAUUCGGGUGGGUCAACGCCAGUUACGUUUAUGGACUGGAGAUCCUGAACGCGCAUAUGCGCCGCGCUUUGGGAACCAUUACCCCAUAUGAAACGUACAAGAAGGCGGUUAGUGCGCAGGAGGCAUCGGAGGCUGCGUUCUGA